AAUUAAAACAUGAAUAUAAUAUCCUCACACAAGCCUUAAGAAGUCGAUCAAUUUCUAUUCUGGGUACUCUCUCCUUCUAUCAUCAUCUUCAGGUUCUUGGUUACUUGCUAAUCUUGAGAUAUCAUGACGGAAAAUUACUGCAAUGCAAGUGCUAGUGCAAGCUCCAGCUCGAGUUUGACAGGCAGCUUGCCAGACACAGAGGAUGACCAAACCAUUGCUAACAUCUUGGCAGAAGAAGAAAACUUGAGAAAUGAUGGGAUGCUUGCGAAGAGGCUUUCACAUCUUGAUUCGAUUCCGCACACUCCCCGUGUUAAUGGGGACAUACCUGAUGUGAAUGAUGCCACCCUAGAUCAUGAGCGGCUGUCUGAAAGGUUGGCCACAUAUGGACUAGCUGAACUACAGAUUGAGGGUGAUGGGAAUUGCCAGUUUCGAGCAUUAGCGGAUCAGCUUUUUCGCAAUCCAGACUAUCACAAACAUGUUAGGAAGCAGAUUGUCAAGCAGCUAAAACAAUGCAGAAAGUUAUAUGAGGGUUAUGUUCCAAUGAAGUACAAAAGCUACCGGAGGAAGAUGAAAAAAUCAGGUGAAUGGGGAGAUCAUAUCACUCUACAAGCGGCUGCUGACCGAUUUGGAGUCAAAAUAUGCCUAGUCACAUCUUUUCGAGACACCUGCUAUAUUGAGAUCCUUCCCAAAGACAAGAGCCCUACAAGAGAUAUUUGGCUUAGCUUCUGGAGUGAAGUACAUUACAAUUCCUUAUAUGCAAGCGGAGAUGUUCCUACCAGGCCGCCAAGAAGAAAGCACUGGCUUUUCUAGAAUAACAAAACCUUGAAGUUAUUAUAGCUUAUGUAAAUUCUUCUUUACUCUGAGCAUCAAACUGUUUUAAUUUUAUUAUCAAAAUUACUUUGGGUCCAGGCCUGCCUUUGAUAAAUUAUAAUGAACAUAUAUAAACUUU